AUGGACUCUGCCCUAGACGUUUCUCGAGUAGAGGGUUGUAGACCUAUUCCUCCUAACCUUCGCUUGAAGGGUGUGAAAUUGGAUUCCAAUUUUGGCAAGCCUCCCACGGUGUUUACGAGGAUUACAUCGAAAGUGUUCAUCCUGAAGAAGUGCUCGAUGAGUUCUCAAGACGAUCAACUGAUCAGUAUGUCCCCUCUCAAGCGAAAUCGUUCUGAUUGUGAAUUAAAAAGUUGUAGCCUGAAUGAACUAUCCGAUCCUCCGACUCCCAAUUCUAUAAGUUCUCAUGUGGAAGAUGAGGUAGAGGUGCCUCAUUCGGGCAAAAUGGAAUCGGAGAACGCUACUGGAGGUCUACUGGAGAAGGUCCCUGAGGAUCCCCCUUUAGAGAAAGAAAACCCCAAAGUUUUCUCUGCUGCGACUGUAUUUCAACAAGCGAAAUAG